GACAGAAGUAAUAGUCACCGAUGUGCCCGAUUGCAUAGUGCGACGGCCUCCGAUGGAAAGAUUGAAGUGGCUAGAGAUGGACACGGACAAGUUUAAUUAUGUUUACAGUUGCGACCUGGAUAUAAAUGUCCGACUGAAAAUAGGUAGUUUGGAAGGCAAGCGGGAACAGAAAAGCUACAAGGCUCUGCUUGAAGACCCGAUGCUGCGAUUCUCCGGACUUUACCAGGAAAACUGCUCAGAUCUGUAUGUUACCUGCCAGGUGUUUGCAGAGGGGAAACCACUGGCGCUGCCCGUUCGUACGUCCUAUAAAGCUUUCAGUACCCGCUGGAAUUGGAACGAGUGGUUAAGGUUGCCGGUGAAGUAUCCUGACCUGCCCCAGAAUGCUCAGGUAGCUCUGACUGUGUGGGAUGUUUAUGGGCCGGGACGAGCCACUCCUGUAGGGGGCACCACAGUCACCCUCUUUGGAAAAUAUGGAAUGUUCCGGCAGGGCAUGCAUGACUUAAAGGUGUGGCCAGGGGUGGAGGGUGAUGGUUCGGAGUCUACAUCAACACCGGGCAGGACCAGCAGCACUCUGGCUGAGGAUCAAAUGGGCAGGUUGGCUAAGUUGACAAAGGCUCAUCGUCAGGGCCACAUGGUGAAGGUGGACUGGCUGGAUCGGUUGACAUUCAGAGAGAUUGAGAUGAUCAAUGAGAGUGAGAAACGUAGUUCCAACUUCAUGUACCUUAUGGUGGAAUUUCCCCGAGUCAAGAGUGGAGAGAAAGAAUACAGCAUCGUUUACUAUGAAAAGGAUGGAGAUGAAGCUUCUACUCUAUUAACCAGUUCAGACAUUGUUAAAGUCCCUGAUCCUCAAAUGUGCAUGGAAAACCUGGUGGAGAGCAAACACCACAAACUGGCUCGAAGUCUGCGGAGUGGACCAUCUGACCAUGACCUGAAGCCCAAUGCUGCCACUAGAGACCAGCUCAAUAUCAUUGUCAGCUAUCCUCCCACCAAGCAGCUGACCUCUGAGGAGCAAGACCUGGUGUGGAAGUUUAGAUAUUACCUCACCACUCAGGAAAAGGCCCUGACUAAGUUCCUGAAGUGUGUGAACUGGGCAUUGCCACAGGAGGCAAAGCAGGCGCUGGAGCUGCUGGGGAAAUGGAGACCUAUGGAUGUGGAGGACUCACUGGAGCUGCUCUCAUCCCAAUUCACCAACCCCACAGUCAGACGCUACGCUGUGGCUCGUCUACAGCAGGCUGAUGAUGAGGAUUUGUUGAUGUACUUGCUGCAGCUGGUUCAGGCUCUGAAGUAUGAGAACUUCAAUGAUAUCCAGGGCGGUCUGGAUCCUGGCAGUAAGCGGGACAGCCAGGGCCUCAGUGAGAGCACCAUGCUUGGUGAUUUGGACAGCUCCCAGAUAACCUCUGCUGCUAUAGCACCCACCAGCACACAGAAGGGCAAAGAUGGAGCCGAUGGAGAAAAUCUGGAGCAAGACCUGUGUACCUUCCUUAUAUCGCGUGCCUGUAAGAAUUCUACACUAGCCAAUUACUUGUACUGGUAUGUAAUAGUGGAGUGUGAGGACCAGGACACACAGCAGAGAGACCCAAAGACUCACGACAUGUACCUGAAUGUAAUGAGGCGAUUCAGCCAAGCUUUACUCAAGGGUGAUAAGAAUGUGAGAGUAAUGCGCUCUCUGCUCGCCGCCCAGCAGACAUUUGUAGAUAGACUCGUGCAGCUCAUGAAGGCAGUUCAGAGAGAGAGCGGCAAUCGCAAGAAAAAGACUGAGAGGCUGCAGGCUUUGUUGGCUGAUAAUGAGAAGGUGAGUCUGUGUGAGAUCGAUCCCAUCCCUCUCCCUCUGGAGCCCCAGGUGCGCAUCAGAGGCAUCGUACCAGACACUGCCACGCUAUUCAAGAGUGCUCUGAUGCCAGCCAAGCUGAUCUUUAAAACUGAAGAUAAUGAGCUUUAUCCUGUGAUCUUUAAACAUGGAGAUGACCUGCGACAAGAUCAACUCAUCUUACAAAUCAUCUCACUGAUGGACAAGCUACUAAGGAAAGAAAAUUUGGACUUAAAGCUGAUGCCAUAUAAAGUGCUGGCCACCAGCACCAAACAUGGAUUUAUGCAGUUUGUACAAUCGGUUCCUGUGGCAGAAGUUCUGGCAACUGAAGGCAAUAUUCAGAGUUUCUUUAGAAAACACGCCCCUAGUGAAAAAGGACCUUAUGGCAUCAGCUCUGAGGUGAUGGACACCUAUGUGAAGAGCUGUGCUGGCUACUGCGUCAUCACCUAUAUUCUCGGAGUUGGAGACAGACACCUGGACAACCUGCUUCUCACUAAGACCGGGAAGUUGUUCCAUAUUGAUUUUGGCUACAUUCUGGGGAGGGACCCCAAACCACUGCCUCCUCCAAUGAAGCUGAGUAAGGAAAUGGUAGAGGGCAUGGGGGGCAUGCAGAGUGAACAGUACCAGGAGCUUAGAAAACAUUGUUACACAGCCUUCCUGCACCUGCGCAGGUACUCGAACCUCAUUUUAAACCUGUUCUCCCUCAUGGUGGAUGCCAAUAUUCCUGACAUCGCGCUUGAGCCUGAUAAGACAGUUAAAAAGGUGCAGGAUAAGUUCAGAUUGGACCUGUCGGAUGAGGAGGCGGUACACUACAUGCAGAGUCUUAUAGAUGAGAGUGUGGGAGCUCUGUUUGCUGCCGUGGUGGAGCAAAUACACAAAUUUGCCCAGUAUUGGCGAAGGUGAGGAGACGUGCUCUACGUUUCAAGCCCCAAACUUCCAGCUGGACACAUUUUGCCACAGUAAUGAAGAUAAAACAAAUGACCGUGGAGGACUGGAAGACAGAAAGGUGCCCAGGAGAGUCAGAAGGGUCCAAAGUGUGUGUGUAGGAAGCACCUAAUUGAGAGAUAUUUAAGGAAAUAACACAAUUAGUUGUGCUGUUGUAGGUAAAUAAUCAGCAGCAGGGUAGUGAGAAGCCAAAUUAGUAUUACCGUUCUGUAGUUGAUUAUUUGUUGAUAACAGCAUGACACAAAAGUGUUUGUCCUUUUAUACCACAGCCAUUUGCCAUGAUUUGUAUUAAAAAUGUAUAGAUAACUGUGUGGAACAUUUUGAGACGAUUAAGUUCCUGUUAUUGAUUAUGUUAUAGCAGCUCUAAACACUAGCCUCUCUUUUUCUUGCUCCUCUUAAGAAACAGUAUCAGGGCAAGUGCAUUGUUAUAAAAUCUGUGAUUUUAAAUACAGACAGAACUACUCACAGAGCUGCUAUAAUAGGAAAUGUAACAUCGCUGUGGUUUAACUGCAGCUGCUUCAUCAAGCGCAAAUGGAAGCGUAGUCAGUUUAGAGCAAAAUAAUGUAUAUAAUUGUUCUGUAUAAUGAACAGUCAAUGUAGAAUUUAAUGAGCAACAGCUGUCUACAAUUUAAAAAUCAUUGAAUUACUUUUCCAAAAUUGUUGGAGCUGUUGCUGUACUUAAAUAAAUUAUAAUAAAGAUACGGACCUUAAACCCUA